AUGGCUGAUGAUCAUAAUGAUGACCUCCCAAAUGAAUUUGCAGCAGCCUUUUCCGAUUCUGAAUCCUCCAAUGACGAGUUGGAAGGAAAUAAUGAGCCUGCAGAAAAUGCACAAGAAGAAUUGGUAGCAGCAACCUUACAAGGCACUGCAGUUGAAGCCAUUGUUGCACAAGAACCCGCAGUUGCAAGCCUCCAACGCUCAACUCGGUUUCAGGAAUCUGCAGUCAUGGCAGCACAUGACAUGCCUGAUCAACCUCAAGACCGUGAAGACCCCGGUUAUGAAGACAAAGAGAUGACGGACAGUAUCAAAGGUGCUCUUGAUCUUCUAUAUUUAAAGCAUACAAUUUUGGAUUACAAAACAGCGAGAAAGUUGGAGCACAUGAAGAGCAAAAUUCUUUCUGGAAUUGAGUUAAACUCACCCAGCGGAAGUAAGCAAAAGGCGCUACAAAUCCAAGAAUCUGAAGCCACUAAUGGUGCUGCACAAGGACGAAGAGAACUGCAAUUUCAACAAGAAGAAGGAGGAGGAGGUUUGUUCUAUGGACACUAUGCCCCUCCUGAUUUGCCACCAAUCACAAGCCUACAAAAAUUAAUCCAAGAUUGCUGCAAGCCUUUUGAGAAACAGCUAACACCCAGUGAUGUGAGUAAAACUCCCAGGCUCUGCUUGAACAAAGAAUACGUUGAAAAUCACAUCAAACCAAUAUUGAGAAACGGUGAAAACCCUAAUGAAGGCAUCGAUGUGACAACUUAUGACAUGGAAGGCAACGAGUACCCAAUGAAGUUCACGACUUGGGGCACCGAUCUUUAUGUCCUCAGUAAAGGCUGGAAAACUUUCUGUCAUGAUCUUGGACUGGUUGAGACGCAGGAUUUUCUGACAUUGUGGGUUUUCCGCCAUGCCAAGAAUGGAGGCCUCUGCUUCGCAAUCCAUUCACGAAGGUUGCCUGUGUUCGAAACCAUCAAGAAAAGAAGACAAAGAAAGCAGAAUUGA